CUGGUAUGUACCAGGCAGUCUUUGGUCUUCAAACCUGAUUCUCAAAGUACUUCUUACUUUCCCAACUAUUUCUCUGGCAAUAUCAGGCAUAAUAUUAGCAAGAACUUGUUGGGGAUAUGUUGUUUGAUUGCACUUGUUACACACAAGUUAAGGAGAAGACACUUAUCAAUGGAUGAUAGCAUUGAAAAUUUCCUUCAAAGUCAAAACAAUUUCAUGCCUAUCCGGUACUCUUACUCUGAAAUCAAAAGAAUGACAGAAGGUUUCAAAGUUAAACUAGGACAGGGAGGGUUUGGUUCCGUGUUCAAAGGAAAGCUCCGUAGCGGUCGGUUGGUGGCGGUCAAAGUGUUGAGCAAAUCCAAAGCAAACGGAGAAGAUUUCAUCAGCGAAGUUGCUACCAUCGGAAGGAUUCAUCACGUUAACGUGGUGCAACUUAUCGGAUUCUGCGUCGAGAGAUCGAGACAAGCUCUUGUGUAUAAUUUCAUGGCGAAUGGAUCGUUGGACAAGAUCAUAUUCUCAAAAGAGACCUGCACUUUAAGCUGGCCAAACCUGUUGGAGAUUGCACUCGGUGUGGCUCGAGGGAUCGAGUACUUGCACAAGGGGUGUCAAAUGCAGAUUCUACAUUUCGACAUAAAGCCGCACAACAUUCUCCUGGAUGAAAACUUUGUCCCUAAAGUUUCUGAUUUCGGACUUGCAAAACUAUACUCAGUCGAUGACAGUAUCAUCUCUCUCACGGCCGCUCGUGGAACAAUGGGGUACAUUGCUCCUGAAUUGUUUUACAAAAAUAUUGGAAGCAUCUCAUACAAAGCUGAUGUUUACAGUUUCGGGAUGUUGUUAAUGGAAAUGGUGGGAAGAAGAAAGAAUUUGAAUGCAUCAGUGGAACAUUCGAGUCAGAUUUAUUUCCCGUCAUGGAUAUAUGAUCGGUUCGAUCGAGGGGAGAGCAUGGAGUUGGAAGACGUGACAGAAGUUGACGAAAAGAUUGCGAGGAAACUGAUAAUGGUUGCGUUCUGGUGCAUACAAAUGAACCCCACUAAUCGUCCUUCGAUGAGAAAUGUGUUGGAAAUGCUUGAAAAUGAAGUUGAGCCCCUUGAACUGCCUCCUAAACCUUUACUGUUUUCUCUCGAUACGUCGAGUGAAGAUCGUAGUAAGAAGGAUGCCAUGGACAAGGCAACUGCAUCGAAAAGUUCUUUCGACCUGUAACUGUAAUGUUUGAUUGUACUAGGAAUAUGUGUAUGUAUAGCUAUAGUUGAAAUC